ACGGAUGCCUGGCUGCUUAAAUUUGGAAACUUAACGCAGAUAUGAUUUUGAGAUAUUGCGUCUAGCCUGGGCCCUGCCGACAAAUGAAGACGAGAUGGGCGCGUUCUUCAUCCCCCUCGCUCGACUCGUCCCCGGGAAUAUCUUUGUACAAUAUGCGUUUCUCGAUGGGGAUUACAUCCUUGCAGGCUUCCGAAGCUUGUGGAUUGUGUGGAAUUGGCGGCGAGACGAAAUGCUCAAUGUGAACCUUGAGUUUGACGACGUUGUACACGCAGUAUUUCUCCCGCCGUAUCUUAUAACCCUAUCGUCUAUCGGAGAAUCCUGCAUCUACUGGAUCCCUCCCACCAGCACUACGGGGAGCGAUUCUCCUGCGUUAUCUGUGAAAUCACUGGCAAAAUCUCCUCCCUACGGAAGGGUGAGGUCUGUAGUCACCCUUCAGUCAUGGAUCCCUCCAGAUCUGCGGAGAUCAACGAAGAUUUGCCUAAAGACCACGGUUUCUGAAGAAACUCCCCAACGGAUAGUCCGAAUUGAGAUCCAGUGGCUUCGGAAGGAUGUGAUCCAAAGCUUUUGCUUCCGCGCCUUGUGUAUCGUGCCCGAGGCUCCCUUGACUGGAAUCCUACAUACACUCUUUCGUACGGUAUGCUUAUGGAACGCGGUUUGACAGCGGAUCGUUCCCCGUCCUCCCCAUUUCCUCGACUUUGCCCUACCCUAAUAUUUGAAUGCCACUCUCUCGAUCACUAUAAGAAUCCACUGCGGUCAUGUAAGCGAUGGAAUCCUGUUGGA